AUGGUUUUUCGGAUAAGUUCUUCAACUCUCUGCCUAACGAGGGGAUGGCUUAGACCCCUUGCCAGUCUAACGUCAAGCAAUCCUAGAUUAAUCUCAUACAGAUCAGUAUCAGCUUUAGCAGUUCUUGAACUGAAAGACGGGAAGUUAAUUCAAAGCUCGCUGAGUGCCGUCUCUGCCGGACAGAAAUUGGGCGGUUCUUUAACUGGAUUUAUAGCCGGUGGUAAUAUAAGUGAAUCUAUGAGGGAAACAGCCAAGAUCAGAGGGAUCCAUAAGAACUUUGCACCACUGCUAGUAGCAAAUAUCAGAAAAGGAGGAUUUACUCAUAUACUCGCUGGACACACUACUUUUGGGAAGAGUUUGAUGCCUCGAGUUGCAGCUCUACUUGAUGUCGCACAGAUAUCAGAUAUUACGGCGAUUGAGAACGAAAAUACGUUUGUGCGACCUAUAUAUGCAGGUAACGCCAUUGCGACAAUAGAAUCAUCAGAUGAAAUCAAAGUUAUAACGACUCGGGCCACAGCAUUUCCGCCAGCAGAAUAUGAAGCUGAUGGCAGCAAAGUACUGAUUGAGAAUGGGGUUGAUCCUAAUUCAGAAUCCCCAAUUAAAUGGGUCUCGGAAAAUCUAACUAAGUUAGAUAGACCCAGCUUGGCAACAGCUAGCAAAGUCGUCUCAGGAGGGCGUGGCUUGAAGUCCAAAGAGGAGUUUGAUCGUGUAAUUUUACCUCUUGCUGAUGCGUUCGGGGCGGCUGUAGGGGCAUCUCGAGCUGCUGUAGAUAGUGGGUACGCGGAUAACAGCCUUCAAGUCGGACAAACUGGGCAGGUAGUUGCACCUCAAUUGUACUUUUGUGUGGGAAUUUCGGGGGCUAUUCAGCACCUUGCAGGAAUAAAGAUGCCGAUGCUCCUAUAUUUCAGGUCGCUGACGUUGGGCUUGUCGGGGACUUAUUCGAUACAGUGCCCGAACUCACUGAGAAGCUCAAGAAAUAAUUUCCAUUUAAUAUUCGAAGAAUGGUGA